AUGGACAACCGCCUCAAAUUUCCGUUAACACAUAGCCUCCUCCUCCUGCUCUGUUACGCUGCUGCUGUAGUGCCAGGUUCCGCUGCGCCGGAGUAUAGGAGGAGCCGGGCUCCUGUAACAUACUAUCCACAGCCAAAUGACUUCCCAAAUGAGCAGCUUUACCACGCCUACGUUGUCAUCCAGCGCUUCAAGAAUACCAUCACAUGCGACCCCAGGCACAUAACUUCCUCGUGGAUUGGCCAUAACAUAUGCGGUAAGACGACCUACGUUGGCUUUGAGUGUGCAACACUGCCGGGGCAUGGCAACAACAACCUCACGGUCACUUCAGUGUCUUUCGAUGGCUUUGGCCUCUGUGCGCCGAGGCUCGAAGGCUUCAUCGACCAGCUUCCCGAUCUUGCCCUCUUCCAAGCUUCCGCCAACAAUUUUGGCGGUGACAUCCCCAGCCUUGCAGGUCUCGACUACCUUCUAAAGAUCCAAAUCAUCGACGAGUACGCCCAAGCAGAUUUUAGUGCCGGCACUCCACAGCGCCCGGAUUUCCUCUACCUUUGCCUCAAAGACUUGUUGUGUCGCCUUGAAAACACAUUGCAUAAGGAAGUCCUUCCCGAUUAUACAAAUGCCAAGGCACUUCUCCUCAACAACAACUUCCAGUCAGGGUCACUUCCAGCAAAUCUUGGUUUCUCCAAGUUGAGCUACCUCGCCCUAGCCAACAACAAUUUCUCUGGGACAAUCCCACCGUCAAUCCAGCACCUGCAGGGCUCCCUCCUCGAGAUUCUCCUCCUGAACAACCAGCUGUCCGGAUGCCUCCCCCACGAGCUAGGCAUGCUCACCAACGCUGCCGUGAUCGACGCUGGCAUGAACCACCUCACCGGCCCGAUCCCUUCAUCCUUCUCCUGCCUCAGCAGCGUCGAGCAGCUGAACCUGGCCGGGAACCGCCUAUAUGGAGAGGUGCCCGACGCGCUCUGCAAGCUACCCGCCGGGCCAGCCGGCCGCCUCGCCAACCUCUCUCUGUCCGGCAAUUACUUCACCUCCAUCGGGCCCGCGUGCGCCGCAAUGAUCAAGGACGGCGUCCUCGACGUGAACAAGAACUGCAUUCCUGGCCUCGACAACCAGAGGCGACCGGUGGAGUGUGCGGCGUUCCUAAGCCAGCCGAAGACGAUGUGCCGGGCCUCGAGUACUCAGGUGAAAUGCCCCGCCGCAGCUUCCCAGAACGCGGCGGCACGGGGGAACAGGAAGGCCAGGGACUACUACAGCUACGUGACGUACGCUACUCUGCAUGGGUGA